CUUCCUAGCCGUGUGACCCUGGGCAAGUCACUUGACCCACCUUGCCCAGCCCUUACCACUCUUCUUGGAACCGAAACAUAGUAUUGACUUUUAAGGCCGAAGGUAAGGGCUUUAAAAAGGAAGAAGAAGAAAUAUCCACGCUUUGCAGAUUUCAAGCUGGCACACAAUUACUGAGUUUAAGCAGCACAUUUUUUGUUUGAUAAAACGUUAGCUGUAACAACCCAAACGAGAGCUCCAAACUCAUUGCCUUCAAAGUGUGGUAAACGCAGCUUUUCCUUUGUCCCACAUCAGGACCCUCGGCGGUAUGCCUCUGUCACCUCUUCCUGCAGCUGAAGCCGCCUCGUCCCAAGUCCUCUGUCCAUCUGUAGUUACCUCGGCCAACUUUUAUCCAGAAACCUGGAUUGCUAUGGAUCCAUCUCAGGACUUCAUCCAAGUGCCUGUUUCCAAGGAGGACAAAAGCUACCGAACCAUUUAUAAUCUCUUUCAUAAGACUGUGCCUGAGAUUAAAUAUAGAAUCUUGAAAAUACUGAGAGUGCAGAACCAGUUUCUUUGGGAAAAAUAUAAAAGGAAAAAGGAGUACAUGUCCAAGAAAGCCAACGAUAUCAGCAGAAUCAUGAACGAGCGGCACCUCUUCCACGGCACCUCCCAAGACGUGGUGGACGGGAUCUGCAAGCACAACUUUGACCCGCGCGUGUGUGGCAAACACGCCACCAUGUUCGGACAAGGCAGUUACUUCGCGAGGAAGGCGAGCUAUUCCCACAGCUUUUCCAAGAGGUCCCCCAAAGGGGUGCAUUUUAUGUUUCUGGCCAAAGUGCUGACUGGAAGAUACACAGUAGGCAACCACAAUAUGAGAAGACCCCCUCCGGUGAACCCCGACAGCAUAACCAGUGACCUGUAUGACUCAUGCGUGGAUAAUUACUUCGAGCCUCAGAUUUUUGUCAUUUUUAACGAUGACCAGAGCUACCCAUAUUUUGUUAUCCAGUAUGAAGAAGUCAGUAACACCGUCACCAUUUGAAAUUCCUCCAUGCCGCUAACUUAUUUGAAAUAAGUCCUGUCCAGCGUUUGUAGCCAGUUUCCGGGGUAGGAGGGGAAGCAGUCUGGGAAGGGAGCGCUAAAAAGAAGGCAUUGGCCAGAGCUUUGCAUGAUGCCAUUUCUCUUUUUUGUCUUUUUUCCUUCUUUGUUUUUCU